CAGAUCCCGGCACGAGGCGGAAGUGUUUUACCGUGGAGGAGAGGGAAGGAGCUAACUGAGCUAACUGAGCUAACAAGAGCAGCUCCUCGGGCCAGCUUUACUGAGCUCCGAGUUUCAUUACUGAUCAGUUUCAUUACAGGACGCAGCUGAAGGGAGUGAGUUCGGUUCGUGCUCAAGAUGCCGAAGAAUAAAGGUAAGGGAGGGAAGAAUCGGCGGCGCGGUAAGAAUGAAAACGAGUCGGAGAAGAGAGAGCUGGUGUUUAAGGAGGAUGGACAGGAAUAUGCUCAGGUGAUUAAGAUGUUGGGAAACGGCCGUUUGGAGGCGAUGUGUUUUGAUGGAGUGAAGAGACUGUGUCACAUCAGAGGAAAACUCCGGAAAAAGGUUUGGAUAAACACGUCUGAUAUCAUCCUGAUCGGACUGAGAGAUUAUCAGGAUAAUAAAGCAGAUGUGAUUCUGAAGUAUAAUGCAGACGAGGCGAGGAGUCUGAAGGCGUACGGUGAACUCCCAGAGCACGCUAAAAUCAACGAGACAGACACGUUCGGACCGGGCGAUGACGACGAGAUUCAGUUUGAUGACAUCGGAGACGACGACGAGGACAUUGAUGACAUCUGAGACGGUGUGUGUCGAGGACGGCUGUGUUUACGCUGAGAGGACGAUCAUGCUCUCUUCUGAUUGGACAGAAUUUAUUAAACUUAUUCCCUGACUGACAAACUGGUGAUUAAUCUCUCUCUCUCUCUCGCUCUCUCUGUGACAGUUAAAUAACCCGUAUAAAUCACUCCCUCAUUUCAAACUGCAUAUUUUUGUUAGUGUUUUAAAGUAUUUAUAUUUUAUUUCACCAUAUGUGCUCGAAUUUAAGGCUCAAAAUAUGAAAUACACCACAAUUUCCAAUAAAAGAUUAAACCCA